AUGGCUGACGUGUCUUUGCCCAGUGACAGCUCUGGGCCAUCGGCGGUCACAGUUCUAGAACGGUUCGCCUAUGAGCUACCGAAGACAACCAAGUUCAUUGCAGCCAUGUUCAACCACAGUGAGCCGUCUGCCUUGGAGAUUUGGUUUGAAAACCAGUCGAAAGACAACAUCCUGAAAACACUUCAAGACCAGGUGCCUUCACGACUCUGGCCUCAGCCCGUGUUCACCCUGCAGCCUCCUCAGUCUCUGUCGCACUGGAACCUGACCAUCCGGGUGGAAUUUCCCGACCAUUCAUCAGUAGCCGAGGGAGCAGGGUAUGAUGACAGAAUGGGCAUUGCGAAGCUCUCGGUUCUUCAGCCUCUCCCUGCUGGCGCUGUCAUGCUUCUCGCCCACAACAUUGACACCUCAAGCGACACCGACUUCAACACUGGCAGCACGUUCGGCUUCACUUUUCGACGUGAGUUCACCACGCGACGUUCUCUGUCCUGCCGAAGACAGCGCGCAAGGCUCGGAAAGAGCACGAGCAGAAGGCAGCGCAACGCCUACGUGGGGAUGCCUUAUGUCUACAGCUCGGAAGACUUGAUUUCUCAGCUGAACGAGCACUUCCUGUCCCUGCUACAACCUGGUCGAGCCACUUUCUCCGUGGGUAUGAGUGACUCUCCUGCCUGCGCCAUCGGAAUCGAACUGGAUUCGGCGCCAAGUGACUUUGAGGAGCGCGCUCGCAAGCAGCUGUUCAACUGGGCUUCAGAAUUCGUCCCUCGCAUUCCAACAGCCGCCCUGUCUCUGCACUUGACCCAAGUUGCUCCUCCCAUUCCAACUCCAGCCACAGCAUCUGACUUUGACAUUGUCAUGGUACAUGGAGACCACAUCCAAGUCUUUCUCAAAUGCUGCCAAGGACGAGCGGUACGAACCCAGUUUGCGGACAGAAGGCGAUACGUUGUCAUCAUGCAACGAGACGCCGUAACCCCGGAUCAACUGCAAGAAGCAGGUCUCAACCCGACGCUACACGCCUUGCCGUUCGACCAGCUCCGGUCUUUGCAGCAGCAAUCGUCUGCGACUGGUGAUGCGGUAGACAGGCACGUCCGUGCGGUACUGGCUGCUGUUGGCGACCAGGACCUUUUGACAAAUGGCAUUGCAUCUCGCUACAUCAUCACCGUCGAGUUCAACGCGCCUCUCUCAGACAAACCGUGCUCCAUCUUCUAUCAUCCCCCGCGAUCGAUCACCACGGCUCUUUCUCGAGAACGCGCUCUACUGACUGUUGGACCUUUGUACGUUUGGCUGCGUACCCGUGGCCUCUCUCCUCGUUCGUUCGGAAUGCUCGCGAGCGGUAUUGCUCUUCGCAUUCGUCUCUGUGCCAAUUCGGCCCAGCUCGUCGACGAUGCGGCUGCUUUUGCACGCUCCGUCGGAUCUUCGGCCGCUGCUUUCGAUGCGGUCAUCGACCAGGCCAGUCCCGCUACACUCGAGGCACUUGAUGAUUUGUUUCGCCGGCGACCUUUCGCGCCACGCGUGUUGCUUGUGGAUUCGUCAAGCGAUCCAAAUACAGUCCAGCUGGUGAAAAACCACGCCGCUUGCAAGCGUCUGAGUUUGUUGCCCAACGAAGAUCCACUUGCUGCUUUUUCUGGCGCUGAUGAGCCUCAUAUCCCAACGGAGAUUGUUCUGCUCGCCACUGUUGCAAGUACGACUGCCAACGGACCGCUCAACGAGGCGCUUCAUCAUUUUUCCUGUAGUCAGCCUCCUGUUACUGAGGUCGUGCUUCUCGAUCUUCCUGCACAGCGAGCUCGGCCUUUUGUGCCGCCCGCGGUCCCGCGAGCCUUGCCCAACUCGCUUCUCGCUUGGCGAAACUCCUCUUUGACAUUGGUUCAAGCUCAUCCUCAAUCCUUUGCUCUGUCUGAGCUCGCGGCUCAGGCGGCUGAUUGGAUUCGCCGCGGGCGUCAGCCAAUUUCGUGGGGCCUGCUGGGUCACAAUGUGCAUGCAACUCGUGAUGCUGAAGAGCUCCUCAUCACUCAAGCAAAGCUGCAGCUCCAAGGCGCGAACCCCAGCACAAUCAUUGUCACUCAGUCGGUUGUUGGAUGCGGCAGCACGACCGUUCUGCGAGCCGUUGCUCAGCAGUUAGCUCGUAGCCACAGCCACGACGAGGGAGUCGCCAUUUUGUGGUCGGAGACGACCGAUCUGGACGAUUCCGCAUUGCAGGCGAUCGCAGAGGUUGCGCAAACGCGACGUGUCGUUGUGAUCUGCGACAACCCACACGACUCGGACCACACCGAGGUCACCGCCAACCGUCUCGCCUCCUCGCUUCAAAAACUCAAUCCCGCCUAUCCGGUCGUGUUUAUUUGCUUGGUGCGCACCAUGGCUUGGAAAGCUCCUGUCGACGCCUUUCUGCACCUUGAUCCCUGGUUGUCUGACGCCGAAGCUGGCCGCAUGCAAUGCGCGUUAGGCAACAUUUUCUCAGAGCCGAACCGCCGAGCUGCUCUUGAGGACAUCGCCAAACAAUGCCAGAAAGUCGGCGCAUCGCAGGAGCAUCGCCACAUUGUGUUGUUCCUCAUCGCUGCGUUGUAUCACUCGUCCAGUUCGCUCCCCAAGUUUGUGGAGAACUGUGUGGCUCGAUGUGCGGACAGAACAGCUGCCAGUGCUCUGGCGCUCCUGACUCUGCUUGGCCUGCCGUUCUCGCUUCGCACUUGCCUCAAAGUGUUCUUGCCAACGGACCCCAUUUGGCACGCGCUAGCUGUGAACGAACACGAUUGCUGUUACGUCUGGCACCCUUCUUUAGCCGAGUGCAUGCUGAAGCUCAACGACAAUGACCAGAACGACCCGCGCUGCUUGUGCAAGGCGCUGGUCUCGACCGUCUCCUUCAAGAUGCGUCAUGACGGCCUCUCCCAGCCUUUCUUCGAUGCAUUAUUUGUCGAUCGGGGCGAAAACAAGUUUACCAUCUUUGUUCAGCUUUUGAUUGAUGCGCAACAACAGGCAGCAGACACGACUGACCACCUUGGCCCACUGUUGAACCGCUGGCUCCCCGUCAUGACCGAACUCAAGCAGUUGCAUCAUCGCUUAAUGCUCUCCCGGUAUCUUGAACAAAUUGGUCAAUCAACUUCAAGCAUUGAGCUGGCGCGAACGCUUUCGGAGGAAGCCAGCUCCGCUCAAAACAAGCUCGCUGAUCGCAAUCAGCCCCAGCUGCCUCAGGACGAGUGGAACGUGAUCUCCAAACAUGCCCAAGAAGAUCGAUCGGCUUGUCGGCUGGACGAAAGGCAAGUCAAACUCAUGAGUGUGGAGUGA